AUGGAAUUUAAUGCUACUAUGGAGCGUUAUGAAACAGGAGGUGAUAAUUUUGGACAACAUCAACAUUUUAGCUCAGCAACUAUUGCUAUACGUGCUCAAAAAAAGAUUCUUUCCAAAAUUAUUUCAAGGAAUAAUGUGAAGCUAUUUGUGGAUGAUACAACUAUUCGUUUAUUCGAUCAUCUUUAUCAAAUUCUCAAGACAGCAUACAAUAAAACGAUCGCUGAGAAGGUGGUGAAAAAUAUUAUCAAACUUAUUGUCAAGUUAGGUGUAGUAAUGCGAAAUGAGCAACUUACCAUGGAACAACAAAAUCAACUUGCAAAAAUUCAACGACAAAUGCGCCAACUUUGUCUUACAGUUAUUUCAUUUGGUAAAGUAGCAUUCUCAUAUGAUUAUGCAUAUUUGAAUGCAUUACUCAAGGAAACCUAUCGUCGUUUACUACCACUAAUUGAACAGAUCCUUAGUGGCAAAUCCAAACAACGCUUAGAUAUGAUUUUUGAACAUCUAUGUAAGAAUUCGGUGUUGGAUUCACUCUUUCGUGUAGAUGGCGAGCACUGGAAGCUUCUUCCGAAUGUUGUAACGGAUCUCGAAGUACUCAUUGACACAAAAGAAUUGUAA